GGCCGGCGCUGUCUAUUGCCGUUUGGUUUCCAUCUGACGGGAACGCCUAUCAAGGCCUGCGCCGACAAACUGAGCCGCGAGAUGAAGGACUUCGGGUUUCCGCCGCAGUUUCCCGACGACAGCGACGACAAGCCGCCGACCACUACCGCGACACCGGACGAGCCGACCAUCAAAGACAAGUCGAAGUCCAAGAGGAGUAAACUCGAGGCGAAGACCAUUAAAGCCAAAUAUCAGUGGCAUAUCAUGCGAUCCCUGGGUCUGACUGACGAUGAGAUCAAGGAGUUCGCCGACGCGAACCAUUGGUGCGAAUACUUCCCGCAGAAGUGGAUCGAAGACCUCAACGCGUUUGGACUGCGCGCUGAUUGGCGCCGGGUCUUCAUGACCACCGACAGGAACCCCUACUUCGACGCGUUCGUGAAGUGGCAGUUCCAGAGGCUGAAGGAGAGGAAUAAGAUUAAGUUUGGUAAGAGGUAUACCAUCUUCUCGGUGAAGGACAACCAGCCCUGCAUGGAUCACGACCGGGCCAGUGGUGAGGGGGUCGGCCCUCAGGAGUAUACGCUCAUCAAAAUGAAAGUCUUGGACCCGAAGCCCGAGAAACUCAAGAAACUCAAAGGCGACGUGUAUUUAGUGGCGGCGACCCUAAGGCCGGAGACAAUGUACGGACAGACCAACUGUUGGCUGCGGCCCGACAUGAAGUACAUCGCAUACCGAGUAGCUUCUGGAGAGGUGUUUGUGUCGACCAAUCGGUCGGCGCUUAACCUCUCGUUCCAAGGCUUUACUAAAGAGAACGGAAUCGUCGACAAAGUGCUGGAUCUGACCGGCGGUGACCUCAUUGGCGCCAAACUUAAGGCGCCGCUCACGUCAUACGAGUGUAUUUACGCCCUCCCGAUGCUCACCAUCAAAGAGGACAAGGGAACGGGUGUCGUGACGAGUGUGCCCUCUGACGCACCCGACGAUUACGCCGCGCUCAGGGAUCUUAAGAAUAAACAGCCGUUGAGGGAGAAGUACGGCAUCAAAGACGAUAUGGUGCUGCCCUUUGAACCGGUUCCGAUUAUAGAUAUUCCUGAUUUUGGUAAUUUGUCGGCAGUUGUGGUGUGCGAGCAGUUGAAGAUCCAGAGCCAAAACGACACCCAGAAGUUAGCCGAAGCCAAAGAUAAGGUGUACCUCAAAGGCUUCUAUGACGGGGUGAUGAUUGUGGGCCCGCAUAAGGGGAAAAAGGUGGCGGACAUCAAGAAAACCAUUCAAACGGAGCUCAUAGACCGCAAAGAGGCUGUGGUUUAUAUGGAGCCCGAGAAGCAAGUGGUCUCCCGGUCUGGCGAUGAAUGUGUGGUCGCUCUGUGCGACCAAUGGUUCUUAGAGUACGGCGAGAAGAAGUGGAGGGAAGAGGCGGACAAGUCGUUGGCACAGAUCAACACAUACCACGACGAGACCCGCAGGAACUUUGUGGCCACUCUUGAUUGGCUCAAAGAUCACGCCUGUAGUCGACAGUACGGACUCGGCUCUCGACUGCCGUGGGCUCAGGAGUGGCUCAUUGAAUCCCUGUCCGACUCGACCAUCUAUAUGGCCUACUAUACGAUAUCACACUUACUUCAGGGCGGAGUCAUGGAUGGCAGCGGGCCGUCACCGGUAGGCAUCAAACCCGAGAAGUUGACCCCAAAAGUGUGGGACUAUAUCUACUUCUCGGAAGUGUUGUACCCGAAAGACUGUGGUAUACCUAAAGACAAAUUGGAUAAAUUGCGCAAAGAGUUCAACUAUUGGUAUCCUCUGGAUCUAAGGACUUCGGGCAAAGACCUGGUGCCCAACCAUUUAACUUAUAUGAUAUACAAUCACUGCGCCAUUUGGCAGAACCAGCCGGAGCUGUGGCCCCGAAGUAUACGAGCGAACGGACACCUGUUGCUCAACAACGAGAAGAUGUCGAAAUCGACCGGAAAUUUCUUGACUCUCUCGGAAGCGAUUGAAAAGUUCUCGGCUGAUGGCGUUAGGUUCGCUUUGGCCGACUCUGGCGAUGGCAUCGACGACGCGAACUUCAUUGAGAAACAGGCGGACAAUGGACUCCUGAAACUCCAUAACUUCAUUGAAUUCAGCAAAGAAAUGAUGGCUAACUUGAGUGCAUUGCGAAGCGGUUCCACCAAUUCGUUUGACGACAGAGUUUUUGAAAAUGCUCUAAAUCGUGGCAUAACUCAAACAGAAGCCAACUAUAAGGCCAUGAAUUUCAAGGAAGCGCUGAGAACCGGGUUCUUUGAAUUCCAAGACGCGAGGGAUAAGUACCGGGAGUUGAGUCUAAGCGUAGGCAUGCAUAAGGAUCUGGUGAUGAAGUUCAUUGAGAGCCAAGCGAUCAUAUUGUCGCCCAUAUGUCCGCAUACGGCAGAGUACGUGUGGACCGAAGUGCUCAAGAAGUCGGGAAGUGUUAACACUUCCAAAUGGCCGACCGUUAAAGUGGUGGAUGAAGUGCUGCUCCAGUCGUUUGCUUAUCUGAUGGACGCGUCGCAUAGUUUCAGAAUACGUCUGAAGACAUACUUCACGCAGAAGUCGAAGGACAAGAAUAAGGCGCCGAUCGCGAAGCCAACCCACGGAACCAUUUAUGUGGCCAAACAGUUCCCGAAGUGGCAGUCGAUUAUCUUGAAUACCAUGAAAGCUGAAUACGAGGAUAACAAGAAAAAACUUCCGGAAAACAGUGUAAUUGCGUCCAAACUAUCAAAAGUUCCCGAUUUAAAGAAAUACAUGAAAAAAGUGAUGCCUUUCGCGGAACACAGAAAACAAAUGUUCGCAGAGUUUGGCGAAAGUGUGUUCAACGAGACGUCAGCGUUCAGUGAGAGGGACGUCCUUAACGAAAAUAUAGCGUAUUUAAUGUCAACCCUGGACUUAGAGGGUCUGGACAUUGAGUUCUCGGACGCGGCCGAAGAGCGCAUACAAGACGAGACGUGUCCGGGAGAGCCAUUCAUUGUGUUUCGAGUCGAUCCGUCGGUUCCGCUAAUUGCUGUCAAUCAACAGCCGACUAAACCGUAUUUCCAGAUAAAGGUUCCCAUCUAUAGCUCAGAUACUGUGCGCAAAGUCAUUGAAAGGAUAUGCAAAGACAACAAAUUUAUCAAAGAUCCGUCGAAAGUAAAGCUCAUGAGGUAUAAGGACCCGGAGGCCGGACCCCGACGUCUACCAAACAUCGACACCAUAUUAGACGAUAAGAUUGAGAUGAAAGUGAAGGCAAAGCUUAGUGCGGAUCUCAAGACAAAUGAUAUCUGUGUUGAAGACAAUGGCAAGAAACAGAGUAUUGGCACUCAAAUCGUGUAUUUUGUUGACGAAAAUUGA